UAUCCUGUGCAGCCUGCGGGUCAGAUCCCACCGCUGCAUCACCAGCCGCGGUAACAAAUCACGCGCAGUGUUUUUUGGAUGUUGCCUGAUAGUAAAGCGCCCACCUCCCCUUCCUUCACUCUCGUAGUAAAGCAGAGUGCGUGCAGCUCGCCGCCAUGUAGACGCGCAGAGUGGCACAUCUCCAAUACGCAGUGUGCAUCUCCUGCUCCUGGCGCCGAGAUUUGCUGUCGUCUGUGAAAAAACAGAAACCACGGCUGGGUUCCUGGUGCCUCACGCAGAAGAACUGCGGAUAUAAAAAGAAAAAAACACCCGCAUUUCAACUGUUUGGACGUUUUUUUUUUCCCCUCUCUGUCUGUUUAAUCUGAUGUAGUGUGGACUCAGCUCUGAUUCACGCGUCUCUAUCCAGGCUCCAUCUCUCGCUUUGAGUUGUUGGGAGAACCCGCAGAGGCGAGCAUGACAGCAUGACAAUGGUGCAAGGCUGGCUGACAGCGGGAUGGUGCGUUUUUUGCUUUUUGCCAUUUCGCGUUUUGACUUUUGAGGAACGGGGCUCCGUCCCGACAAACCCGCAGCGGUUUAUUCUGUAUCUUUCACCUUGAAAAUAGAAAUACUUUGAGUGUGUGAGAGAGAGAGAGUGUGUGAGGUUAUGGUAAACAUCUGGUGCCUCGUCCACUCCGCUCUUUCCUCACCUUUCUCCUCCCAUCCGCCGCAGCGCAUCUCUAAUUGGAGCGACUCGGAGCAUCUUAAUUGAUGGGGAUCUUCCACACCGGACACUGACCGCGACUUUCACCGUGUACCAGCGCACUGCGGGCGGCUGAAACGCAGCGACCCGUCUGUUGUUGGAUGUUAUUGUCCUCCUCCGGUGCUGCUGUAUUUGUCGGUCGUUUCCUUCAGUGACAAUGCCGGUGAACGCGCUGCCCCGCGGCGGCAGCAGCGGCAUCGGCGGCGGCGGUGGUGGUGGUGGUCCGGGGUCCCUGAGCCCGGCGUCGCUGUCCCGCAGCCUGUCCCGGUUAAGGGAGUAUCGGACCCGGACGAGGAUCAUGCUGGCUCUGGGGGUCUCUCAGAUGGUCCUGGGGAGUCUCAUCCUGGCCGUCAGCUUCGCGGCUCUGGCUCUCACCACAUCGCCCAGAGUCCGGCACUCCUGCCCCUUCUGGGCCGGUUUCUCUGUGCUGCUCUCCGGGCUGAUCGGAGUGGUGUCAUGGAAGAGGCCGCUCUCUCUUGUGAUCACCUUCUUCAUGCUGCUGUCGGCCGUGUGCGUGAUGCUCAACCUGGCGGGCUCCAUCCUCUCCUGCCAGAACGCUCAGCUGGUCAACUCCCUGGAAGACUGUCAGCUGCUCAAGUUUGACAGCGACGGAGUGUGUGUGUGCUGCGAGCUGCAGCAGCAGAGCUCGAGCUGCAACAACCUGGGAGAGACGCUGAAACUGAACCCACUGAGGGACUGCAACACCAUACGCCUACGUCUCAAGGAGCUGCUGUUCAGCGUAUGUGCCCUUAACGUCAUCUCCACCAUUGUGUGUGCUCUUGCCACCGCCAUGUGCUGUAUGCAGAUGGUCUCUACUGAUGUGCUGCAGAUGUUUAUGCCGCACAGAGCGCGAGCCCUAAAUGCUGACUGUAUGACCCCCCACGGAACCAUCCUCCACCAAACACUGGACUUUGAUGAGUUUAUUCCUCCCAUUCCCCCUCCACCCUACUACCCCCCGGAGUACACCUGCACCCCCUCAAUGGAUGGACAGAGAGGCCUCCAUCUCGACUUCCCCCACUCCCCCUUCAGUGCCAUAUACGGGGUGCCCAUCAACAGCCCAGGGACCCUGUACCCAACUGACCUGCCGCCCCCUUAUGAGUCUGUGGUGGGGCAGACUCCUGCCAGCCAGGUCACCACCAGCAUAGAGCAACAGGCCACUGAGUCCAGUCUGUGUGAGAGGAACACCACUGCAGGUUUCAGCACUCAGGCCUCGGUGGACAGCGCAUCACUGAUGGUGUCGGAGGUGGCUGAUCAGGACCAGACCUGCUCCUCAGAGGACUUGUGCUCCCUGGAGGUCCAGGGCUCUGACUCCUCUCCCUAUGGCACGCUCCACACCGCCCCCACUGACGGAAGCUGCACCAGCCUGGAACUUUGUACACGUGACGCCUCCCGUUGCCGCCGUGGCCUGCCAAACACCGACACCCGCCCCAGUGAUACUGGAUACAGCGAGUCCUCACAGACCCAGGAGUCUCUGGAACGCUCUCCGGACUGGUCCUCAGAAAACUUUAGCAACCUGGACCAGGAGGAUUCCACGGACAAUACACAUCCAUGUGACGAACUCAGGGCUGCAAUGCACAUAUGCGACGAGCUUGCAUCAGCCAAACAUUUACCAGAGGAGCCACCCAAAGCGUCGACACACUCCCUCAUUAAAGCGCGAAUGAUGAGCCGGAAGCUCACGCUCCCCGUCACUAUCCCCCCACCGCCUCAGCCUUGUUCCCCCAUCUCUGUGGCCUCCUCUGGUGGGACUUCAGCCAUCAGCCCCCUGGUUCCCUCUCCUUCCCCUUCCCCUCCUAACAGGCCACGCGGCCCCAGGCUGUGUUUCAGUGUUUGGUCACCCUCUGCUACAUCACAACCCCCCUCUACCUCAGGCCAAAGUGGCUACUCGCCCUCAGAGAGGCCUCGGGUGCUCCGAGCAGCCAGGAGGUACCGCAAGCUGGCACGCAUCGUCCGCUCCACCAGUGACCCCAUCUCCUGCUCCUCCGUGACAGGAAGAGAAAACAGUGGCUGCGCCUCUGCAAAUAACCCUCCUGCUGAAGCCUCGGCUCAAACAUCACCAGAGCAAGAGCCAAGAGACGUCUCCACAGAGGUAGUUGGAGCUAAACCCAGUCACCCAUGUGUCAGGAAGCAGCAGAAGGAGGACAGGAAAAUCGACAUUCACCUUAAACCCAGAUCCCUGCACACACACUCCUCCCACGAACGCCCACACUCCCUGGCCGACCUUAAGAUGUACAAAGACACCAAAAUACUGGUGGCCAAGUUCCUGGAGCACUCGAGCUGCAGUCUACCUCCUGAAGUCCAGCAGGUCGUCAACAACAUCAAGUGCGUCAUCAAGUCGGAUGAGAAACACAUGGAGGAGGCCAUCUUCAGCGCCAAUGUCAUAGAUCAGGUGAUGACCCAGCGCAUCAUAGGCAGCCCCAGGAAGCGAGGCCACGAGGAUCUUCACCUCCAGAGCUGCGGCGCUUUGAGUUCAUCCCCGUCCCCUUCCAUGCGCCGUCCCAAACAGCUCCCACAAACAACCAGCGCCUCCACCAACCCCCUGGACUCCCCCUCCUCUGAACAAAGCCUUGAGUGCAGAGAAACUAUUCUCUGACCUCCCUCCCAGCAAGGACUCGGGUCGAAACUCUGAGGGCAUUUCAGGGUGCCGGAGUUGCAGGCGAGCAGUGCUGUGCAGCAGAUGUCUGUGGAGUAAUUAAUAACUCUUCAGACCUUGUGAGAUCAUUCAUUUGUACAGUGCGACUGCAGUGUAGGCAAACUGAAAGGCUCUCAUGCUGUAUCUCCUAGUGCCCUGUGAGACCGUGCCAAGUCAUCAGCAGAAAUGGUAGCAAACUCAGACUGAGCCUGCCAGUGUCUGUCGUGGCUUCUUUCUCAUCAGAAAAACAAAAAGAAUGUUUCUCCCUCAGGGGAUCUUUUUCUACUGAGUUUCAUCUCCGAAAAAAAAGAAACACAUAUACAGCUGGUGAGUUCGAACCUGUGAGUGAAAGACAAAGGAGAUUAUGUUUUCAGUAUUGCUCUCGUCCUCAUAAGAAACAGAGAGAAAUAUGUUUGUAUUAAACUGUGAGCUGAACUGGCUGGGCAUUAUUAGCCAUUGUUUGCAGACUUUGUGGAACUGUUAAGGUGGUGAAUAUUUUGUGGUGCCGCUGGUUCACAAACAUCACAGAUAUGGAUUAUUUAACUUACCUCAUUGUGUUACAAUUCUUAUCAGUGUUACAAUAAAAUCUGAGUUUGUA